UAGUACUUUGCUCAAGAUUACUGUCAGCAGAGGAACAGCACAUGAACAGCAGAUAGCCAAAGACGCCGCUGCCACGCUUAAGCAGUCUGUUUCAAACAAUGGGAGAAUUUGCAAACCAGAGUAUCAUCAGUAAUUCCAGUGAAACACCCUCCUCCACGCCGUGCCACCGGGACACCAGGAUUACCCACGUGGUGUUCCCAAUACUAUAUACGCUUGUCUUCCUUCUGGGACUUACACUGAACAGCUUGGCUUUUUGGGCUUUCUUCCAUAUUCCAAGCACAUCAACUUUCAUUGUCUACUUGAAAAAUACACUAGUUUCUGAUUCUAUAAUGACCCUGAUGCUUCCUCUGAAGAUCCUUACAGACUCUGGCCUGGGACCAUGGCAACUCAAAGCAUUUGUUUGCCGUUUUUCAGCUGUGGUAUUUUAUGAAACCAUGUAUAUCAGUAUUGUACUGCUUGGUCUCAUUGCUUUUGACAGGUUUCUCAAGAUUGUGAGACCUUUUGGGAAGUUCUGGGUGCAAAACAUUACCUCAGCAAAAAUUCUUGCGGGCCUGGUUUGGCUCUUUUUCUUCGUUCUCUCUCUGCCAAAUAUGAUUUUAUCAAACAAGAAAGCGACACCUCAAUCUGUGAAGAAGUGUGCCUCGCUGAAGAACGACUUGGGGCUGAAGUGGCACGAAGCCGUCAACUACAUCUGUCAGUUGGUCUUCUGGACCGUCCUGAUCCUCAUGCUGCUGUUCUACAUCGUCAUUGCCAAGAAGGUAUACGAGUCUUACACAAAGACGCAGAGGAAAGAUAACAAAAGCCAACAAAAGAUAAAGGGGAAAGUAUUCAUCAUUUUUACCGUGUUUUUCCUGUGUUUUGCCCCGUUUCACUUUAGCAGGGUCCCUUACACUCUCAGUCAGACCAGGAGCAGGAUGGACUGCCGUCUGCAGAACCAGCUUUUCAUGGCCAAGGAAAGCACGCUGUGGCUCGCUGCCACGAACGUCUGCAUGGAUCCUUUGAUACACAUGUUCCUGUGCAAGCCGUUUGUAGAAAAGAUAUUAUGCAGAAGGGUAGAGACGCUCACAAAAACAGCACAUACAAACCCCACGCCCGAACCGGACACAGGAGCGUCGGCCACUGGACCUUGAUUUUACAGCUCCGAGUCCCAGAAUUUCUGCUUACGUAUUUAUACAGAAGUCGAGAAAUAGUUUUGUUUUGUUUCUGCUGUAGAAAAUUAAGGGGUGAUUCUAUUCCGGUAUGUCUUAAUAAACAUGGCACAACGGA